AUGCCUGAGGCUCCAAAGCACUCAUGCAAGGUUAACCUUGAUGAUGCUGGUAGUAAUACUAGUAUUAUCCAAGAUAACAAUGAUAGAGCACUCAAAUACAUUGAAGAGGUCACUAGCAGCGCUGAUGAAAUUCAAGUAAAGGUCUUAGCCCAGAUCCUUUCUCGUAGUGCCAACGUUGAGUACCUCCAACGCCAUGGCCUAGAUAGCCGAACUGACAAAAACACUUUCAAGAAGGUCAUGCCCGUCGUCACUUACGAAGAUUUAAAGCCAGAUAUUGAUCGCAUAGCCAACGGUGAUACCUCCCCAAUUUUAUGUUCCAAACCCAUAUCAGAGUUUCUGACCAGCUCUGGAACAUCUGGUGGGGAGAGAAAAUUGAUGCCAACAAUCGAAGAGGAACUAGAGAGGAGAUCAUUGCUUUAUAGCCUGUUGAUGCCAGUGAUGGAUCAAUUUGUGGGUGGUUUGGACAAGGGCAAAGGAAUGUACUUUUUGUUCAUAAAAUCAGAAGCCAAAACCCCUGGUGGACUCUUUGCUCGUCCAGUUUUGACCAGCUAUUACAAAAGCUCACAUUUCAAGAACCGCAAUCACGAUCUCUACACAAACUACACCAGCCCCAAUGAGACCAUUCUCUGCCCUGACUCUUACCAGAGCAUGUAUUCUCAGUUGCUUUGUGGGCUUUGUCAAAAUGAGGAAGUUCUUCGUGUUGGGGCUGUUUUCGCUUCUGGCUUCAUUCGUGCCCUUAAGUUCCUUGAAAAUCAUUUUGUUUCUUUGUGUAAUGACAUAAGAACGGGUACCUUAGACUCUAAAAUCACUGACACGUCAGUCAGAAUGGCUGUUAUGAAAGUACUCAAACCAAAUCCCAAGCUUGCGGCUUUCAUAGAAGCCGAAUGCAUCAAAGGGUCUUGGAAGGGGAUCAUUACUAGGUUAUGGCCAAAUACCAAGUAUGUUGAUGUUAUUGUCACAGGAACCAUGUCUCAGUACAUUCCCAUAUUGGAUUUUUAUAGCAAUGGUCUCCCUCUUGUUUGCACCAUGUAUGCUUCUUCUGAGUGUUAUUUCGGCCUUAAUUUGAACCCCUUGUCUGACCCAAGUGAGGUGUGUUACACCCUCAUUCCCACCAUGGCCUACUUUGAGUUCUUGCCCCUCAACAAGAUAAGCGGUCAUACUGAUUCAAUUUCUCACUUGGAGCAAGAACAUUUGGUGGAUCUUACCGAUGUAAAGUUGGGUCAAGAGUAUGAGCUCGUAGUCACCACUUAUUCAGGCCUUUAUAGGUACCGGGUUGGUGACAUACUCCGGGUAGCUGGAUUCAAAAACAAGGCUCCUCAAUUUUACUUUGUGUGCCGAAAGAACGUGGUACUGAGCAUUGAUUCUGACAAAACCGAUGAAGUUGAGUUACAAAAUGCAGUGAAAAGUGCAGCUCAGCAUCUUGUGCAAUUUGGUGCAUCGCUAAAUGAAUACACAAGCAGCGCAGACACAUCCACAAUCCCAGGCCACUACGUGCUGUACUGGGAGAUUAACACGAGUGAAGAAACUCCAAUUCCUGCUUCCAUUUUCGAGAACUGUUGCCAUGCAGUUGAAGAAUCUCUUAACACUGUGUAUCGCCAAGGCAGGGUAUCAGAGUCUAUAGGACCCUUGGAAAUCAAGAUGGUGGAGAAUGGAACCUUUGACAAGCUCAUGGAUUUUGCUCUGAGCCAGGGUGCAUCUAUAAAUCAGUACAAGACACCUCGAUGUGUGAAAUAUGCACCCAUUCUAGAGCUUCUAAACUCUAAAGUUGUUUCUACUCACUUCAGUCCAAGAUGCCCGAAGUGGGUUCCUGGUCACAAGAAAUGGUGCAACCUUCACUGA